UCCGUGACCGGCUCAAGCAUGAUGAAUACCCGUGUGUCCAUGAUCUGACUGGGAAUGGAUCAACGUCUGAGCACCCUGAUAUGCUAGGAAGGUUUCAUCCAUGUCGACUACCCGGCGCAUCUCUGGAGUUUUGAUGGCUUGUUUCAUCGUCACAUCCGCGAGGCUCCGUGCAGAAUACGGAUGGCUCAGCAAACACGGGAAACAGACACCAACCUGCGCUGCACCCGUCGGUAUCUUAUCACUUGAGGUGACGUGCAUCCGCUCUCCAAGCCUAGGGGGGCCAUUACACGAUUGCUGGACUCUGAGAGCGUGUACUGUACAACUUCCUCUCUCCUUGGGAUUGGGAUAUGCUGGUCGCAACGACUUAUCUAGCAAGUAGUAUUCCCACGGUUAGACGAAACAGGAGCUGAUAGUGCUUCCUGGUAAUGUGAAGGUUGCUAUU